UUAUCAAAAAAACGCAUCAGCGAAGUGGAACGUGUAUGAAGGCCACCUUUCCUCCCCAAUUUCCUUUCUUUCUCCUCUAAUUCGGGGCCAACCAGUCAGACCAGGCGCCAAUACUCAGCGGCACUUACUACGUCUGUUCAACUCCCGACCGAUUUCAAAUGGUUGCUUCUCUGUCUCCUUCAUUACCAAACCUCGUUCUCUGCCCUUUCCCGGACCGAACCAGAACUUUAAACCCUCUCCUUCCCCGACCUCAAUUCGGUUCCUUUUCUACCCAUAAACCGUUUCUUCGCGGGUCUGUCUGCGUUGCUCGUUUCGGGUUCAAAGGUUUGUUUCCGGAUCCGGAUGGCGCUACGGAGGGAUUAAUUAUGGAUUUGUUUAGCAGGGCAGAGAGUAUUCUUUAUACGAUUGCUGAUUCAGCUGUCUCGAAUUCGGAUACUAUUAGCACCACUACCAAACAGAACAAUGAUUGGCUUUCUGGUAUCACCUCUUACAUGGAAACUAUUUUAAAGGUUUUAAAAGAUGGAUUAUCUACUUUGCAUGUUCCAUAUGCUUAUGGCUUUGCUAUUAUACUCCUAACUGUUCUUGUUAAGGCGGCUACAUUUCCCUUGACGAAGAAGCAGGUAGAAUCUGCAAUGGCUAUGCGAUCUUUGCAGCCUCAGAUAAAGGCUAUUCAGCAACGGUAUGCUGGAGACCAGGAGAAAAUUCAACUUGAGACAGCUCGUUUGUAUAAAGUUGCUGGCAUAAACCCAUUUGCAGGAUGCCUACCUACACUGGCCACAAUACCAGUAUGGAUUGGGCUGUAUAGAGCCCUUUCUAAUGUAGCAGAUGAGGGACUUCUUACUGAGGGCUUCUUUUGGAUACCCUCCCUUGCUGGUCCAACAACAAUUGCGGCUCGUCAAAAUGGCAGUGGCAUCUCUUGGCUUUUCCCAUUUGUUGAUGGACAUCCACCGCUUGGGUGGUCUGAUACCUUGGCAUAUCUUGUCUUGCCUGUCUUGUUGGUUGUCUCCCAGUACAUCUCUGUCCAAAUCAUGCAAUCAUCACAGGUCAGUCAUUUUCUGUGUGAAUUUGCCCAUGUAUACAUGAUUUUAUCUACCCUGAGUGCAGUACCAACUAGUUCUGGUUUGUCGAAAACAUAAUUUCUUCCAAUUGUU